GGCGCCUUCGACCUCCGCCCGCCGGGCCCCAAGGGCGGGGCUCCUCGGCUGACGGGUCACCAGCUGCGCUCCCAGGGUUUCCUCUCUGCUCGCAAUGCCUCCGCCACGAGGUGACGUGACAGCCUUGUUCCUGGGGCCUCCGGGCUCAGGAAAGUCCGCGCUCAUCGCAGCGCUGUGUGACAGUGAUGUGGAGACGGUAGAGAUCCCCGAGGGACGGCCGGACUCUGGGAUUCCCAGCUUGAGAGCGGCAGGUCCCGGCCUCUUCCUUGGGGAGUUGAGCUGCCCCCCAGCAGCGCCUGGGCCCUGGGCGGCAGAGGCCAACGUGCUGGUGUUGGUGCUACCCGGGCCCGAGGGAAAUGAGCCCUUGGCUCCGGAGCUGGGAGAGGCAGCGCGGGCCGCCUUGGCCCGAGGGACCCCGCUGCUGGCUGUGCGGAGCCUCAGUCCCGAGGAUUCACAGCGUGCGGCCCAGGCUCGCGAUCAGACAGCGGCGCUGUUGGACAGCGCAGGGCUGGGGGCAGCGGCUCUCUUCGUGCUGCCGGCUGACUGCGGCCGUAGUGACGGCUGCGAGGAGCUAGAGCGCCUCAGGGUGGCGCUGCGGAGCCAGGCGGAGACGCUGCAGAGGCACUUGCCUCCUGCCCAGGAUGGUUUCGAGGUGCUGGGUGCUGCAGAGCUGGAGGCUGUGCGAGAGGCCUUCGAGACCGGUGGCCUAGAGGCUGCACUGUCAUGGGUGCGUGCAGGCCUGGAACGCCUGGGCAGUGCGCGGCUGGACCUAGCCGUGGCGGGUACAACUGAUGUGAGCCUUGUGCUGGACACACUGCUCGGGUUGGAUCCUGGUGAUCCAGGGGCCAUGCCUGCUUUGGAACCCACGGAGCCCACCCCAUGGCCUGCCCCGGAGCGUCCCAAUGUGGUACUCUGGGCCGUGCCUCUGGGCUCUGUGGGCUCAGCCCCUGGCGCUGUCCCUCACCCAACCCAAUAUGAUGCCCUCAUUCUCGUGACCCCUGGAGCCCCCACAGAGAAGGAUUGGGCCCAGGUCCGUGCCUUGGUGUCACCAGAUGCGCCUCUUGUCUGUGUGCGAACAGACGGUAAGGGCGAGGAUCCUGACUCUCAGAAGGAAGCGGAAACAGUGAAGCCCAUAGGACAGAGCUUGGAAAACACGGGCAAAGAAGGAACACUGGAAAAAGUGUUCAGCGAGGAGAAAUGUGGCACAGGAUCACACAAAGCUGGUGGUGGGGAAGGUUCAGAGCCAGCUGGUGGCCAGAGUUCGCAGCAGGUGGUUGGCGCCAACAUCCGGGGCAGUGGAGACCCUGGGCACAGGGCAGCUCUGAGCCCAGAGGACGAGUCGUGGGAGGUGCUGGAGGAGGCGCUGCCGCCCGUGUUCCCCCUGCGGCCCCGCGGGCUCCCAGGGCUUUGCGAGUGGCUGCAGCAUGCGCUGCCCCCGGCCCAGGCUGGGGCGCUCCUGUUGGCCUUGCCGCCCGCCUCACCCAGCGCUGCUAGAAAGAAGGUAGCAGCGCUGCGGGCUGGGGCGUGGAGGCCGGCUCUGCUGGCCAGCUUGGCGGCAGCCGCGGCCCCUGUACCCGGGCUAGGCUGGGCCUGCGACGUGGCGCUUCUUCGCGGUCAGCUCUCUGAGUGGCGGCGGGCGCUGGGCCUUGAACCUGCAGUGCUGGCGCGGCGGGAGCGCGCCUUGGGCUUGGCGCCCGGGGAGCUGGCUGCGCGUGCGCACUUCCCGGGCCCAGUGACACGCGCCGAGGUGGAAGCGAGACUGGGUGCCUGGGCAGGCGAAGGCACAGCAGGAGGGGCUGCACUGGGCGCCCUCUCUUUCCUGUGGCCUGCGGGUGGCGCAGCGGCGACAGGUGGCCUAGGUUACCGGGCUGCCCACGGCGUCCUGCUGCAGGCUCUGGAUGAGAUGCGGGCAGAUGCUGAGGCUGUGCUGGCACCCGGGGAGCCAGCCCAGUGAAAGGUGGGGUAGGAUGCAGGCCUGGGAGCACCCCUGAGAGCCCCAAGUCCCAGUUAAAGGGGUAAGGGCUUGAAAGUCUGAGCCAGAUGCAAGGGUGGGGGGAGAUGCUAUUCAGAGUCUUUGUAUUGGGGGGGUGCAGGCUCUGACUUCUUUUUGGGGUAUGUGGAAUCCUGAAGGGGAAUCAAAUUUGGGAGACAGGACUCCUGAUUUUUCUGUGGACUAUGAUGUAUUGGUGGCCUGGACUCCUA